AUGGCGGAGGAAGUCCUGUACUUGGCAAUCGGGCACAACACGUCGCGCUCUGUCUGGCUCGUCGUCGAAACUGCUUUGGGCUCAACCUCUCGCGCUCGAUCGUUGAGUCUCCUCACUCAACUCCAAGGUCUCCGGCAGGGAGACUCGUCACCGGCUGACUACCUAGGCAGAGCGCAGGUCCUGGUCGAGCAACUUGCGCAAGCCGGUAGACCGAUCGAUUUUGACAAGCAAAACCUCCAUGUAUUCCGGGGGCUUCGACCGGAAUACAGGAGCCUCGUCGCUUCCCUCACCACCAAAACUACACCGCUAUCAAUCCCAGAGGUUGCUGAUAUUCUAGCCACUCAUCACUACCUGUUUCCAGAAGAGUCAACCCAAGCUCCUCUUCAACCGCCGGCAGCCAUGGUGGCUCAGUACCCACCCAGCAAUGGACAACGAGGCCGCGGUGGCCGUGGUGAUCGGAACAACUACCGGGGCCGCGGCAGAGGACAAAGAGGACGUGGCGGUGUAAGGUGUCAAUUGUGUGAUAUUGUCGGCCAUACUGCACUUACCUGUUAUCAACGAUUUGUUGAUGUUGGUGGCCACUGUCUACAAAACAACUAG